GAUGUCUGGGUUGCUGGGAGGUGGAAGAACCGGCGUUGUAUUUCUGAGCAGCGUCGGCAGAGCCUUUGCCAACCCUGCCCUUCCUGCGAUUCGAUCGCCGCGGUUCGUCAGCUUCCCGGUCGCCGCGAAGUCGACACAGGCGCAUAACAACGCAGAUGAAGAAAGAGAGGGGGAAAUGGUAGACAAGGCGAAGGCAACAACACAGAGAGCCAAGGAAACAAUGAGGGAAGGAUGGGAGAAGAUGUCAGACCAAGCCGAGACCGCCAAAGAAAAAACCAAAGAAGGCGCGAGUCACGCGAGCGACAAAGCCAAAGAAACCGCGAGUGAAGCUCAAGAAAGGGCUCGGGCAGCCAAGGAUGGCGCCAAGGAAGGAGCGAAGAACAUGGGAGAAAAAGCGAGCGAAGCUCGAGAUGGGAUGGAGGAAAAGGCUGAGACGGCGAAGGGGAAGAUAAAGGAGACGGUUCGGGGGGCGUGGGACAAGGCGAAGGAGGCGGGGCAGAAGAUAAAGGAG